AAGGAAUAUAAUAAGCCGAUGGUCGGCUUCCUCAUUUCAUUUCUGGUUGCACCAUCUGAUUCAUGUGUUCUAAUUCACUCCUCAAGAAAAGCUUGAAGCUGUAAAGAUCUUUGAUGGUGCAAUGCCUACAUUUACAACGAUAGCUUUAGAUAGGCUAAUAGAACCAAAAGCUUCCAAGCCUAUGGCAGCAGGGAAAGUUGCAAGUGAUUCGAGACAGGGGAGUCGGAUUAAUGGUACUGAUAAACGUCCGGAUUUAAAAGAUGGUACAAAAUCUAUAGAGAGAAAGCAACACUGGACUCAGAUUUCACCUGCUCUCUAUGCCACUCCAGAACCCACACCACUACCAGAUUCCCCAUCGUCGUUUGCUCCAUCACCAUAUAUUGUUAACCAUAAGAGACGUGGGCCACGCCUUUCCAAGGCUUUCUCCGAGGUCGAUGUAGCUCUUCACCAAGCUCUAGCCGAUGAAAAGACAAUUGAGAUCGUGAGAAGCUUAGAAGCAGAGGAUGUUGAAUCUUGUAGAGUUGUGAAUGUCACAGAUAAUGUCUGUAAAACUAUUGAGGACAGUCAUGCUAAGUUUGUAGCCGACGGGGAACAUGGAAAUGACAGCAUUGCUGAUGAUGAUGCAGCUAGGCAAGAUGAAUCGAAAUCUGUUGUAUUGGAACGUGACAGUGAGAUGGAUGACUUUUUUGACCCCCAAGACUCGUUGAGUGUUAGGAGCAGCACAGAUGGGGAUAGUAAUCAUGGACUGGAGCGGUCUUUGAAUCUCAACUCUUCAGUUUCUGAGUUUUAUGAUGCGUGGGAAGAAUUGUCUUCUGAGGGUGGAUCCCAGCCUUCUUUAAACGAUGUGGAGACUGAAUUACGUGAAAUACGACUGAGUUUAUUGGUGGAGAUGGAGAAAAGGAAGAAAGCAGAAGACCACAUAAAUGAUAUCCAAAGCCAAUGGGGGAGGAUACAAGAACAGUUCUCCCUUGUGGGGCUUAAUCUUCCUAGUAUGGUGGAGGACCAAUUUGCAGAAGAGUUAUCUGGUCAGGUUCAUCUUAUCCGCUUCGUAUCCAAUUGUAUUGGCCGGGCAGUUGGGAAAGCCGAGGUUGGGGCAGAGAUGGAAGCCCAGUUAGAGUCUAAAAACUUCGAGAUUGGUAGGUUAUUGGACAGAGUACGGUAUUACGAGGCUGUCAACCGGGAGCUGUCUCAGUGGAAUCAAGAAACUAUGGAAACAAUGCGACGACAUAGGCAAAGAAGGAAGCGAAGACAAAGAUGGAUUUGGGGUUCGGUUGUUGCUGCAGUUACGGUUGGAAGUGCUGCAUUAAUAUGGUCCUAUAUUCCAACUGGAAAAGGUUCAUCUUCCCCAUCUGAUACCUGUCCCAGUGAUGAUCUGAUCUGAUCUGAUCUGACCUGACCCGACCCAUGUAGAUGUAGAUAAUGCAGAAAAUUUGAAGAAAGCAUGAAUAUGAAAGAAAAGCAAUGCUUGUACAAAGAAUGUUAUCUUAGAAUAAGUGCAGUGAGUGUAUGGAAGCUACAACUUACCAAAAGUAGCAAACUGCAACCUAUUUGGCAGUAAGAUUUCUGUUCUCUA